AUGGCCACGCCUCCUGCAAGGAUAGCCACGCCCCCUACAGUUUUAGCUCCGCCCCUGGGUGCUUGGCCACGCCUCCUAGGGUAUAUGGCCACGCCCCCUACAGAGUUAGCUCCGCCCCCAGGGUGCUUGGCCACGCCUCCUAGGGUAUUUGGCCACGCCCCCUACAGAGUUAGCCCCGCCCCUACUAAGUUAGCUCCGCCCUCUGGAUAUAUGGCCACGCCUCCUACAAGGAUAGCCACGCCCCCUACAUGGUUAGCUCCGCCCCUGGGUGCUUGGCCACGCCUCCUAGGGUAUUUGGCCACGCCCCCUACAUGGUUAGCUCCUGGGUACUUGACCACGCCCCCAGGGUAUUUGGACACGCCUCCUACAAGGUUAGGCCCGCCUUCUAGGGUAUUUGGUCCCGCACCCAGGGUAUUUGGCCACGCUCUCUACAAGGUUAGCCCCGUCGGUUUGCGUAAGUGCCCCUCUCCUAGGUAA